AUGUAUCUACGAAAACAAUUAAAUCAAUUUGCAGUUGUAUGUGUGUCUCGACCGUCUCCAUCAUUAAGCCCAACAACUGUCCUCAGAAAUGCUCUUCGCACGAUGCGACCACCUAUUAUCGAACAACCGGCACCAAAAAUAAUGGUUUUAAAUAGGCAAUUUGUGCAAUCAACUAAAGUGAUAUCAACCCCAAUAUCAUCAACACCGAAAUGUUCUGUUAAUAGAAGAAGAAAGACAACGAUACAAUUAUCCGAUUCAGAUGAUCUAAUGACAAUUACGGAUACUCCAUUAACACUCACUGCCAUUAAUGGUCUAAUUACAUCAGCCACAGCCAUCUCGACUUCUUCCACACUUACUACAGUAAUAAUUACUAACCCUAUUACAAUAGCGUACGCGUCAUUAGUAAAUCUACCACAAUCAUCACAAAAUGAAAUACAAUUCUCGUUUGCCUCAUUUGAUGCACGGAAUAAUGUACCAGGUUAG